AUGCCGCGCUUCACUACGAGGACCCGCAAGGCUCCCUCAUAUGCCCAGGGACAAGGGGGAGGCUCUUCAUCGAGCAGGCGCACUAUUCCAGCAGAGCCUACAGGUUAUUACGACAGGAAUGAAAAGAGGUGGUACUGCAACUGCGUACCCCGCACCCUAGCCGAUAUCCGUACCGUGAGCAAGGACACCAAGAACAAAGGCCGCAAGUUUUGGACAUGUUCCAAAGACAGGCGGGCCAGCUGUGGCUUCUUCCUCUGGGACGAUGAUGCUCGCGUCAUCGAGGCAGAAUCCGAGGCCCAAAUCGCCGCAAUGACGCCGUCCUCGACACAGCGCCGUCUCCGGCAGACGCAGAUCGUGCCCACCGCACCACAGACGCCCACGCGUUCUGUCAGUCGGCAACGUUUGUUCACCGGCAACCCAGCGGCGACUGCGAAGAGGGACUCUGACAGCUCAGACGAUGACUAUGACGACGACGCCGCGUCCCUUUCCACUGACGCCGAGAUUGACCGUGACGAGGCCCUCGCUGCCGCCGCUGCAAAACACUCGAGCGGUGGUAACUCAACGUCACAGGACUCAUCUCAUACCCUAGGCCGGCCCAACCAAAGCCAGUCUUUGCUACCAUUGUCCAAGCGCAAACGGGAUCAUGUGCAAGACGAAGAAGACUUCUCGGACGGUUUCAACGACCCCGAUGUGGUGCGGGGCCUCGUAGACCUCGCCGAUCACGCCACUAGCAGCAUCCAGCGGCCCGUCACCCCGGCCAAGCAGCGACAGGGGCAUGCCAUUGGCGCCGCGCGAGGCGGCCUGCCCACCCCGGUGAGUCGGAACACGUUGCUGAUCGCGCCAGAGGGGGAGGCCCGUUCUAGCAACAAGCGCGUAAGGCUCAGCACGCCCAAUGGCAUCAGCUCGCCGACUUCGACGCCCUUUUCCAGAGAAAAUCCGUUCAGCUCCUCCAGAGCGGCCACAUUCUCGUCCUUGGCAACCCUGAAAUCGAGCCACCAGCAGCAGGACGAUAGCGAGAGCUACGAGCUCACAACCCAGAUUCUCGCGCUGCUGGACGGCCAAAUCUCGCAGCGUCUAUCCGCCGAUGGGAAACCGACGGUCUUGGAUCUAGCCGCGCUCCGGUCUGCCAUCCGCCGCCGCCUCGACGCCGAGGUGCUCAAGGCCAAAGGCGCCAAAAUGGGCCAGGCUGCGGCGUGGGAGGGCAUUUCCAAACGUGAUAGCCAAAUCUCGGCACUGCAGGAGAAGAUCGCCGCGUUGGAGAACGAGCGGACGGUGUUGAAGGGCCAGGUUGCCGAUUAUAAGGGCAGGAUGGAGGGGUUUAAACGUCUCUUGGCCGAGGAUUAG